UAAUUUUCAAGACAUUGCUUUUGCUAUAAUUUUAGUAAUUAAAUAACACUUUUUACUAAAACUUCUAAAUUUGAUAGUAAAUAAAAGAGAAAUUAUUUUUAUUAUAAAAAUGAAAUCUUUUAUAAGAGAGCUAAUUGUUGCAGCUAUUUUAUUUAUAAUCUGUUUUUAAGUUUGUUUUACAUAGACAUAAAAUGAAAAACAAAUAGAAUAAGAAUUUAAAAAUGACUUUUAAAAUCUGGAUGAUAUGAUGAAAGAAAUUGAAGACCUAACUAAACUACUCUUGGAAGAAUCAAACGAUUUAGACACUGAAAAAAUUGGAAGUAUAGAAGAUAAAUUAGCUUCCUUAAAGAUUGACAUGGAUAGCGUAGAGUCUAAAUGGAAGGAUUUUUCUGAAAAUUAAAAAGAUAGGAAAGAAUCUGAUACUAAAAUUAAUUAAAAUGAUUAAUAAUAAGAAGAUAAUUAAUAAAAAGUUUAAGACAAAAUAAAUAAAGCGGAUUUGUGAUAUUUAUUUUAAUCAGCGAUCAAAAUUUAUUAUAAAAUAUUCUUUAUCUAAAAUUUGAUUCAUGCAUAAAUUCUAUUAGUUAUUUUUUUAUUAAAUUGUUUAUUUUACUUAUAUAUAUCCAAACUAGCAAACACUU